AUCAAAUCCGGAUUAGCAUCAUACAUUUGGUAUUACGUUAGAAGGCGGGGAAAUGUAUAUAAAGGUUAUUUGGCAGUCGACCUAGCAUCAGUCGCUCAGCAGCAACCGAACAAACCCUAACAAACAUGAAAUCCAUCAUCCUUGUCGCUCUCGCCCUUGUGGCCGUCGCCGUGGCCGCCCCCGCUGAGGUGGAGCCCGUCCAGAUCCUCCGCUCCAACUUCGACCAGCAGCCCGAGGGCAACUACGAGUUCGGUUUCGAGACCCAGGAUGGUAUCCAGCGCCAAGAAAACGGAGAGCUGAAGGAAGCUCUGGAUGAGGAGAACAAGCCCCACAAAGUCAUCGUCGUCCGUGGCUCAUACAGCUACACCGACAAGGAAGGCAACCUCCAGACCGUCAACUACUUCGCUGACGAGACCGGCUUCCACGCUGAGGGUCCCUCCAUCCCCAAGCCCGCCAGGAGAUAAGCAACCAAUAACGACGCGCUGAUUAAUGAUUGAUUGACAUUUUUAGUUAAUCGAUUAUUUGUCAGCUGAUGUGCUUUACAAAUCUGAUAACGUUUAGCAAAUAACAGGACGGUUACCAUGACACCGGGGCGUGUGGCGGAGCAUCAGCCGCUCGCUCCUUGUAACUUGAUGCUCACUGCCAUAUUAUGUUCUAUUACUGUUGUGUUUUAGUAUCGUACUGUAAAUAAACUAGUUAAAACAUUCAA